AUGAAAAUCCGCGUCGUUCGAAGCCACCUUGUUCGCAGCCGCGACGCUGCUGACACAGUGACUGCUAAUGCCAAUGCUAAUGCUACUGCUACUGAUGCUGCUGAUGCUGCAGGCGCCGCUCAAGCAAAAGCUCAAGGCGUAGUAGCUCAGGUGUCACCUCAGCUCUUUGAAUUCUCGCCGCUUGACCAGGUUGGCACCGGCUUCCAACGCGUGCAGUGCGCGUGGUUCUACAAGACCAAGCUGGAUGCAGAUCGCAUGCGCAUCGCACUCGCGCUCGUGCUGCCGCGGUACCCGCACUUCGCUGGACGCAUCAUUGCCUGGAAACCGCGAAAGCACACAAGCAGCGACCCAAGCUAUGCCGCAGCCAUUGCCGCGUCGCAUCCGACGUACCGACCCAAGUUUGGCUAUGCCAUCAACGACGCGGGCAUUCCCUUUGAUGAGGCCGUGAUUCACGGAAUGAGCACGGGAGACUUGUCGUGGGAGCGAACCCGAGUCUCGGACUCGUUCGAGGUCGCCAGGGCCGUCCUGAUUCCCAAGGCAGGCGAUGCGGUGUCUACUUUGCGUUUGUUGCUGCUUGGGCCGCCAUGUAUCGCCACAUUCUGGGGUCUCGAGAAGCCGGUCGCCAACCCCGGAUCUUCUUACUUCCCAAGCCAGUCUACCAGCCGUCCUUGA